UUCCCUUAACACAUUCCUCAAGAUGGACGACGAUUUGAGUUUCGAAAAUACUACAGCUUCGAAGUCGUCUAGGAGUGCAAAGCAAGGACGUCGAGCUCAGUCUAAGGGUGUGUCGCCACCAGACGCGCCAGCAUUUGAAGAUGAAUCACCAAGAUCAACAAAACCACCCAAGAAGUCUUCUGAGGAAACGGAUGGUCCUCCAAAGCCUUCUAGAGUAUCUGGCUGGGGCGAAGAUGCUCCAAGGAAAAGCAGGAAACUGGGAGAAGGAUUUGAACAGUUUGAUGAUGAACAAGAUGUACUGUUUGGGAUUGAUGAUGAUUUUGGUGAGCGACUACGCCCCAAAAGUCCAGACAAUGAUUCAGAUAAUGAAAUCCCUGUGAUACCAGACCUUGAGGACCAACAGGAUGACGAUAUGACCUCCACGAUUGCAGUAGCUCCAAAUGUUGCUGUAAACAGGGUGGCUACUUACAGAGAAUUAGACAAUGACCUCCUGAGACAGGCUGCAUUUCUGACACUGGAUAAUGAGAUUGAUCUGAAGUUACUGACCAAGUCCCUAUCAGCAGAGGCUGAUUUAGUUGAGGUAAGGCCUACUGGGUUAUACAAAUCCACAAUGAGGAUGAUAAGCCCUGGGACUGGGACCGACUAUUCACGGAGGUCACAUCCGAAAUCCUGUCACAGAUGGAGAACACGGAGGAACCAGAGUCACAAGAGCAACAGCAGUCCUUAUGAGGGGAGUGGAAAUCCAUUGAACAAUAGGUCGUUUUAAAACUUUAAUGUCAGACACCAGAGUGGGAUUUACUGAAUAACUGCCAGGUUGAGGUUCAAUAUUAACAGAUAUUGAAGUGCACAGUUAGUGUUGGACACAAAUAAUGACUGAUCUGUCCAAAAUGAGGAAAGUGUACCACAUAUCAACAUUGUGCACAAUAUUUUUUCAGAUUUAAUUGUUAAUAAUUUUAAAAUAUACAUGGAAGAAAUCACAUGUACUUGUAAUUAUAUACAAUAUUAUGAUGGGUAUCUGUUCCAGUACACAUUACUGUGUGUAUGUAUGUCAGGGUGAGAGUAUGGGUGUAUGUCUAAUAUGUAAAUAGUCUAUCAAUAAAGAAACAACAAAUGGUUGUCAGGAUUGAAUCUGUUAUUUGUCAUGUACACAUUUCCAUACUGAUAUAAGAUAUUUCCUACAUAAAACAAGAGAUCCUAGAAGGUUCUUGGCACCCACCAUGUAAGGAUUUGUAUCAGAUCUACAAAAGAUGGUUUUUUACCUUCUUUGCUCUUCAUUUUCCUUAGAGGUACUAUUACCCAGUCCCAUGUUGGAAAUCCUAAACGGGAAUCUUGUACAUUAUCUUAAACCCUGUAAUGUCAAAUGUUAUUUGGCACAUUAUUUUGUAAUUCUUACGUAAUUAAAAGUGCCGUCAAGGAUGUCUGAUUUAUCAUUAGGGCCAGGGGUUUAACAUGGGGACCAACAUGAACAUACAUAUCAAAUACCUAGUAGUGAUAACAACAUUGAACUGUCGACAUCAAGAUGGCUGUCUGGUGGCCAUCCUGUUUUCUGAUCAGUCCCUAUAAUCAAUAUGCAAAAGUAGGGACUAUUGGGAACCUUCGUGCAAAAUUUGAGAAUGAUCUCUCCAGUACUUUCUUAGAAAUAGUGCUAACAAUCCUUAACUCUCAAAAUUCAAGAUGGAUAUCUGUCGGCCAUCUUGGUUUAUGGAUCAGUCCCAAAAUUUCAUGUGAAAUUUGACAAAGAUCCCGGAAGAACUUUCUGGAUAAUAGCGCUAGCAAACUUUAGCUGUCAAAAUUCAAAUGGCCUCCUGUAGGCCAUUUUGGUUUCUGAUCAGUCCCAAAAUUUGAUACACAUAACUAGGGACCAAGGAGAAUCUUCCUGUGAAAUUUGAGAAAGAUCCCUCCAGUACUUUCUAAGAAAUAGCAGGACAAUCUUUAACUCUAAAAAUUCAGGAUGGCACCUGUCAGCAAUCCAAGUUUUCCAAUCAGUCCCAGAAUUGGAUAUGCAUACCAAGGAACCAUAGGGAACCUUCAUGUAAAAUAUGAGAAAGAUCCUUCCAGUACUUUCUGAGAAAUAGCGCUAACAAGAAUUGUUA